AUGGAGAAGGCCGAAGAGAAUCAUUGUCCGAUUCAGCAACUUCCGUACGAGAUGCUCUGUGAAAUAUUUAACUAUCUCGACAUAGGAAGCGUGAAGCAGUGUUCUCUUACAUGCCGGCGUUGGCAGGAAAUCAUUUUUUCCGAUAGCUACAUCAAACGGUUCAAGUUAUGUGUAAAGCUUCCUCUACCGUUACCCGAACAGAACGCGUUGAAAAUAUCGGACCGCCUGUAUAGGAACGUAAAUCUGCAGCUCCAACGUUCGACAACUCAAACUGACAAAAGAGAACUUUUUAACGGGAUAUAUGCAAUCUUUUGCUAUCCAAAGUUGGAACAGCUCGUUACGUUGAAAUUGAGCAUCCCAAAAGAAGAGACUAAUUCUAUCCUUAUGCUAAUGAAUUCCAUCAAGAAGAUGAAUGUACUUCGGGAGCUGCACAUAGUGGGUUCAUACGGCUGGAUCUUCACAAGCAAUCAGACGAUUUCAUUCAAAAUUUCGAACCAGUCGAUCCGGUCGCUUUUUGCCGAAAAUAUAAUGCCGAUCAUUAUAAAAGCACCGAAUUUAUCGUCAUUGCGCAUAGUGCUAAACAGUUAUGAAACCGUGCACGUUCUGAACGAAAAAUUUCUACAUUCAAACCAGCUGCCAAACCUGAAACAUCUGGAGCUUGUUGCAGGUAGAAAUUUAAAAGGUUCGAAGAUUGCUAGCAGGAGCAACGUGAAACAUUUACUACAAUUCUUCAGCAAACUCAAAACGCUGGAAACGCUGAAACUGCAAAAUGUACUCACGUUUGGCUACUUGCUGAAAGCAAUCUGCGAGCACUGCACCAAUCUAACGGUAUUAGUCAUCGAAUCACUCCACCUCCUGGAAACGUCCACAUUGCAUCAUCUUUCGAAACUCACCAAACUACGGCACCUUACUUUCGGGAACAUCAGAUGCCUUGACCCGGUGUCAUUCCGAGGCGUCCAUCUACCUAACCUAGAAUCGGUUGCACUAGGCUCCUUCCCGAUACUUGACGAAACGCUGCGGGCAUUCAAAGUUGCCACGAAAAUUACUCUUCUGGGGCAUGAUAGUACGAUAAAUUUGAUUCCUGCUAUAGCUACCACAAUGCCUAAUCUAAAACAUGUUGAACUCGAACACUUUUCUGCAACUAAUUUGCAGUCGUUGAAUCUUCUCGCUAGUGUAGAAGAGCUUACUAUAAGAUUUCCUAUUGACGUUAUAGUAGUGGCCUUUCGGUGCAUUGUAGAUAACAUCAAAGCCAUCCAUAGCUUAGUUUCAACAAUCCCAAGCGAUUCAACUAUUGAACAGUUGCUUAUAAUAUUUCCAAAAUUAGUAUUGCUCAAGGUAGGAGAACAUUUUAAUCAGACCUUUAUCUGA